AUGACAGCAGUAAAUCGCAUUGGCAUGGAUUCGGCUACAGCCGAUGUUUCAUCAUUGUGGCGUGCUGCCGAUACUUCAUCAUUCGAUGGAAGUUUUAUCUCACCAUGGCGCGAUCAUCAUCAUCCUCAUGAAUAUACUCCCUUUCGUUUUUCUGAUACUCAUCAUCAUUAUGAUCCAACAUCAUCUUAUUAUACGGAUGCUGCUACUGCAGCAGCUCUCGACUCUUAUACAUCAUCAACUGGAACAUAUUCACCAUAUAUGGUACAUCAUCAUUCUCCACCAUCAUCUGUGGCUGCAACAACUAGUUCACCUUCAAUUAAACCUGAACGAGCUGCUGCUGCUGUAGCUUUACAAUCCGCUUUAAAUUUACCACCACCAAUGAAUGUUAAUGUUUCAAUGAAUUUUAAUUCUCAUAGUGUUCAAUAUUCAACAGGUUAUGGUAGUGGUUCAAGUGCAACAAAUUUUGUUAAUUCACCAUAUGAAACAUUUUAUAAUCCAACAGGUACAUCACAUUAUUCAUUUACAAAUCAUUCACCUGAAAUAAAAUCAAAUCGUACAUCAAAUUAUUUACAAUCCGAUCCUGUUACAACAAAACAAGCGAUGCUUUUAUCAGCUGCUGCUGCUAAUUGUGAUUAUAAAGAUUUUUCAAAAUUAUGUGAUUUUUUUCCAACACCAUCAUCAUCAUCAUCAACACAAAUGAAUACAAAUGAAAAACGAAAUCAUUGGUCAACACCAAAAUCAUCAACAAAUCCUAAAGCUAAUGAAGGACGAAUAAAUCGUUGUAGAAUAUGUGGAAAAGUUUAUGCAAGACCAAGUACACUUAAAACUCAUUUACGUACUCAUUCGGGUGAAAAACCAUAUAAAUGUGAUAAAUGUUGUAAAGCAUUUACUCAAGCAGCUAAUUUAACUGCUCAUUUACGUACACAUUCAGGAGAAAAACCAUUUUCAUGUGAUAUAUGUGGAAGAAAAUUUUCUCAAAGUUCAUCAGUCACAACACAUAUGAGAACACAUUCAGGUGAACGACCAUAUCAAUGUAAAUAUUGUCGAAAAGCAUUUUCGGAUAGUUCAACAUUAACAAAACAUAUGCGUGUACACAGUGGAGAAAAACCAUAUGAAUGUUCAUUAUGUCGUCUUCGUUUUUCACAAUCGGGAAAUCUUAAUCGACAUAUGAGAAUACAUAUGAAUGGUGGUAGUCAUCAUACGAAAUGA